ACUUUGUUGAAAAUACAAAAUUUCACGUUUCAUGUAUAUAUUAUAACAGAUUUUAUCUUGAAGUAGAUAAUACAUUGUAAUACAUUUAUAGAGCGGAAAUGGAGAUUAUAGAAGAUGGAAAUUUGGUAGAUCGUGUUAGAAUUUUAUUACAACGCGAUAUGCAAUAUUAUCAGGAAAUGCAAACAGUAUUGAAAGAGCCACUUUGUGUACGUAUUAGUGGUGGAAAACUCGAUUUUCCAAGACAUGCUUCAUUCGCGGCUACUAAAAUUGUGACCUGGUGGGAAGCCGACUUCGAAGCUGCUUUUAAAUGUUACUCUGGAUUAACAGGUUCAACUGAACACGAAAGUACCACAAACAUAGAAGCUGAGGAUAGAGUCAUAAAAAAGAUUCAACCAUCGGAAUUUAUACUUCUUGUAGUUGAUACUGCUGAUAAAUUAUUAGAGCAUUUGCAUAUGCUUAUUCAAGAAUCGUUAGACCACGCGGAUUUGACGGUAUUAACAGCUACUUUGGGAGCAGCUGCACUUAUACGAAAUUGCUUAUGGUGUUAUAAUCAACAAGCUAAAAAUUUAAUUAACUCGCAAUCAAGUGAAAAAAUAAAUAAAUCAUAUAAAUCUUAUCAUGAAAUGGCUGAAGCAGUAGCGGAAAGAUUAUUGGACCUACACUGCCGUUUAAUUUCGUUGUACAUAUUAAAUGAAGCUGAUUCUCUUAGCUGGCAUGACACCAAAUCAUUUUUUGAACGAGAACGCUGUUCUUUUGUAAUACAAAUGUGGUGGCUAUAUAUGCAAGGGACAAAGGCUGAUCUUUGGAAUACCGUUUCCCCAAAAAUGGCUCAACGUGUAUUUUCUGGAAUGUUAAACGAAUCUUUGUCCAUUCUUGUGACAAGAUUUAUCUAUGGUCGACCAAGUUUAGCACGAUCUGAACAAUUUUGGUCAGAUGCUUUCAAUGUUCUGUGUUGUACGGGAUAUCUUGCAUUAGGCGCUUGUGUCAGUGCUGCUGAAAUGAUUGGAAUGAAGUUAAACAAAUUACCAAUUGCUGUUAGAGAUAUACACACGAAAUGUAAUGAAUUAUUCGUUUGCUUACUACUAAGGGGCACACCUCUUCAAGAACUAUAUCAAGCUUUUAGAGCUGGAUUCGAUGAUUUGAGUAUAUUGCAACCACGUCUUGGACCUGCACCUUGGGUGUUAAUAUGCGCACCAAAUUUAUUGGGUUCAAUCGACUCCGAGAUUUACAUAUCAAGUUUGCCAGAAGAUCGUUCUGUAAUUUUAGAGCUAAACGUUCUUAGACAUCAACCGCAAUCAGAUUGGACCCAAUUAAUAAAGGUAAUUUCUAUGAAUGAUUAUGCAGUGGCUAAAAUAUUGUUAAAUACAUUAAUUCACGAAUGCGGCGAUUUUACGUCCGAAGAUGAUUUCGAUAAUUUAGAGAAAUUCAAACUUGAUGGACAAGGUUGUGGUGGUUUUUUAUGUAGUAGCGGAGCUUGUAUUCCAAGACAGAAAAUAACACCAGCAAUAAGUCUUUACAGUUUAAUGUACAUUCUAACGUGUAUCGCACAGGAUUCUGGUCAUGUUAUCGUACCAGCUUUGAAACAAAAUCAUAAAUGGGCCAGCCAUCUCGAUCGACAGCAGGUUUGGAAUCAGUCGCGACCACCCUGGUUAAAUGCAAUUUUAAAUCCGUUAAAUAAAAUAAUGGAACCAAUUAUCGAAUUACUUUUGGACGCUGUAAAAACAGGAGCAAGUAUGUAUCAAGCAAUGUCACUGGUAAUUGGCUGUUUCGCUGAAUUGUACGUAACUUUGCCACCUGCCAUUUUAAAUAUCGCAUUGGCGUUAAACGAGAAUAUUCCUGCCCACUGUCAUCCUAUCGGUGGAAAUCUUCUUCUUCAUAUUCUGUGUACAUCGCUUUAUACUGCCCUUCUUGAACAUUCAAGAAUCAGCAAAGCGAAAGUAGAAGACAGUCCAAGAGUUCAAGAAGUAAAUUACGAAUUGAAUUUUUUCGAUCCUAAUGAUUCUUCAGAAACAUUACUCGCUUUAGCCGAAGGUAUCUGCAGCAUCGACGAGGACAAUAAACACACCUCUCAAAUUGAGGAUUUCUUUCAACUUGUAAAAGACAACAUCCAAGUAACGAACGAAGAUCCACACGUUAACAAGGCAAAAAGUAUAUCUUCCAUUAUUGAAACGUACACUGAUGAACUAUUGUUUACUAAUUCUGGACGCCGGGCUUUAAAGGUAAUGCACGAGUAUUUAAUACGUGCAUCCGAUUUGGUAUUAAAUAAUUUACGUCAAAAUAAUGUUAAAAGGUUGAUACCCAAUGUGCCUGAGGUGUCUCCUCUUAUUAAACCACUGGUUCAUAUAAUGUUUCAUAUCGAAGAUACUAUGUUUGAUCAGUUUCUUAUACAAUACGAAAAAACAAAUUGGAGAAAAGCUUUAAGGGUACCACUAUCAGUUACGGUGGAUCAUGCACGAAGCCAACUUUUAUUACGCCCGGAAUUUAAAAAUGUCGGCGAGUUAGCACGCGAAGACAAAGAAGCUGUGUAUUCGCUUAGAAGACUUUGCUCUUCCAUAAAAACAGCACAUUUUAAAUAA